ACACGCCGAUCGAAGCCAUCGUCGUCCUUCAGGCUAUCAUGGCCGCAAGUCACCAUCACGACGGCUCUGCCUUUGCUUCGAACGGCCAAGAGCAGUAUCGGCAACUGCAGCAUCCCCCUUCUCCCAAACCCCAGCAUCGCCGUGGCUAUCAGGCCUGCGAUCCCUGCCGAAAGCGAAAGGUCAAGUGUGACCUUGGGAGUGUUGAUAAUCCCCGCCCUCCUCCAUGUGUACGAUGCCGUCGAGAAAGCAAGCGAUGCGAAUUCUCCGCGACGAGACGCAAGAGAAAACCAUCCGGGGCAGGUGACGAUGUGGCUGACGGUGUUCUUCGACGUGAUAAGCGGAUGAUGGUUGGGGAGGUGGUGUCAUCAAAUGACUCCCCCAGCGAUACCUCGUCGUAUUCCCACCAGCAGGAUCUGAGCGCGUUCGACGGCAGCACCAACAGCCACAACAGCAGCAGCAACAGGAAUGAUCAAUAUCCUUCCGGAGCCCUAUCACGUCAGAAAUGGCCCGAAGACUCGUCUACGACCGGUGACCAGUUACACAGCAAUCAAAGAUACACAGCUGGUGCACCGACAUCAUCUCAGGCCAAGGACGCAAGGAAUCCUCCACUUCCAAUGUACCCGGUUGGCGAGCGAAGGACGGGCAUGGCGACCAGCUUCAACUUCAAAGGCGGGCAGCCGAUGAUGAACCGGACCGCUGUGGAAUUGCUGUCGCCUGCGAUAAGCAACAGCCAUGAUGCGCUUCAUCUCUUGUCCGAAGCGGCCGGCAGGACAGAGGACUUGAAUCGGCAAAGCCUCGAAAACCGCCAUGCCGGUAGGCGAUCGACUUCAUCCUUCAACUCCCCUAUUUCACCUCUGGCACACACUGCCACGCCCCGAAGCAUUGGCGAGUCACUCUCCCGAGCCCCUAGAUCGGGAACUGUGUCCGGGGGGAACUACUAUCAGGAUGGUGGAUCGGGCUCGGUUGAGGCACAAUUCCCGGAUGCUCGUGCUCGAACGGGCAGCUCUUCCAGCUUCCAAGAUCCCGUACAUGCCGACGCCGUCAAAGUAUGGUCCCGAUUACGAUUUGUUCGCGCCGGUUGGCUUACUGUGGAAGAAGCGAUGGCUUAUGUGGCAUACUACUACGAACACCUCGCGCCAUUGAGUCCAAUUGUCAUCCCAGACUUCUCGCAUCCGUCUACCCAUCGUACCCUGUUGGCAGAUGAGCCUGUCCUGGCUGUCACGAUACUGACGACGGCGUCCAGGCAUAUGAAACCUAAAGGGGAUGGAGCGUAUACGCGUGCCUUCUACAUUCAUGACAGGCUUUGGUCCUACCUCCGAGGCAUGGUUGAGCGCGUAUUCUGGGGUCAGGAAAAGUUUGGAGGCAGCGGUGCGGGCAUUAGCAGACCAAGGUCGCUCGAUAUUGUCGGGAAAUUCAACUCGAAGGGGAGUCUGAGAUCACUCGGCACUGUCGAGGCACUGCUAAUCCUCACGGAUUGGCAUCCAAGGAAUCUCCACUUCCCUCCUGGCGAUGACGAAAAUGCCCUCCUGGAUAUGGAUGCUCACACCCUCGCCCAUGAUGGCGAGCACACGGGGAGCCGGUCUUCAAGCAGUACCGUGGAGGGGCGACUUGCAUUCCAGAAAUGGCUGGAACCUGCAUGGCGCUCAGACCGGAUGUCGUGGAUGUUACUGAGCACGGCCCAGGCGCUGGCAUUUGAGCUGGGUGUUUUCGAUCAGAAGAACGACUUUCGCACAGCCAACGAAUCCCCAUCGGAGCAGAAGCGGAAACGUCGACUCCGUCGUCUGAUCCUUGUAUAUGUGACACAGAGCAGUGGCCGGCUGGGCAUUCCAUCAAUGCUCCCUUUGCCGCAGUGGGGGAACCACGAUACGCUGACUCCCUUGGUGGAUAAAAAAGACGACGAUGAUGCCACGGUUGAUGCAAUGCAUGAUUGUUGGAUUGGAAUCUCUAAAAUCAUGUAUCAGAGUAACCAACUGUUAUUUGCGUCGAUGGAUCAGACAUCAGAGCUGAUCAGGACUGGCCGUUAUCGUGAACAGAUUGACAGGUUCAUCCCGUUCCUGAAGGACUUUCGAAGGAGCCUGGACAAUAUCGAUUUGGCCGCUGCUAUGCGGCAUAUAUUGGUGAUUGAAUAUGAGUAUACUCGGUUGUAUAUCAAUUCUCUGGCACUUCAGGCCGUGGUCGACCGGUGGACGACUAUGGCACACGAGGCGGCUACGGGGCAGACUCAGCAAGGGAAACCCAAUACCGGUAGCGGCUGGUUUCGAACGUUGAUGGAACUGUAUCGGGUCAAUGAGCCAUACAUACAGGAGGUAGUGGAUGCAUCGCGCCGGAUUCUGACGACGGUGUUGGAAGGGCUGGUCCCAGGGGAUCAUCUACAGCACGCUCCCGUUCGAACAUGUUUUAGAAUCCUUUCCGGCAUGAUUUUCAUCCUUAAGGUGGGGCGCUCAUUUCCUGAGAGGCAGUUGCCGCUUGAGAGUGUUUUUUUUAAACAUUUCAUGCGCUGACUUUACCGUGUAGACCUUUACACUGGGCGCGAAGGAGGACGAUGUGCGUGUUUCCUUAGAUCUGCAGGACAGAACGGUCGAAGCGCUGCGGACUUGCGUGGUAGACGAUGUCCAUAUUAGCCAUACCAUCGCUCGGUUAUUAGAGCUACUUACGACCAGUAUCCGCACGCGGUUCUUGCGGUUUGCUCCCCUGGACCGCGCAGGUGACGGCGAUGGGACGUUGGGGCCGGAGUCCAGGAAUCAGUCUCCGCAGGUAAACGACGGUGGCCGUCGUGAAGCUUCCAACCAGCAGUGGCCGCCGGCAUCGAGCGCAACGCAGACAGCACACAACCUCACUAGCUACGUGGAUGGGGUGAGAGAUGCGACGACGGGCAUGGGAACUGGCACUGGAACUGCGCGGGAUCCGCUCGCCAGUAUUCCUGCGCAGCCGAUCAACUCAACUAAUAUCAACGUCUCUUUCAUGCCGCCUCCCCCGUCGGUAUACUACAACUACUCCGACCCCAACUCGACGCCUCCAGCGGGAGAUCUCGAGGGAUCCAACGUCGCAGCACAAUCAGUGGCCGAUCACGCCAGCGGCGGACUUCCAGAUUGGUUUGCACUUCCGCUAGAUCAGUUCUUUAAUAGCUCGACGGCGGUGGUGGACCAGGGACUAGGUGGGACUGGGCCGAUGGUGGGAGAAUUCGACAUGCUGGAGGUUCUGCUGAACGAGCAAUAUGACGGGACGGGAGAUGUGGUGUGACUCGGGGAGUAACCAUGGUCUGACCCAAUAUCUAUGAUGAAGGGACAUGUGAAACCACUACUGUGUAUGACUACUCUUGUUUCCUGUCUUUUUUUUUUUUUUUUUUUCCCUACUGAAUACCCCGACCGUAAGCGCAGCAGAUUGGCUCUGUCAUUUCCUUCCUUUUUCUUCCUAUCUACCCUGGUCCCCUUCAAACGUAUGACUUGCAGCAACGGAUGACUUCUAGAAGCAUGUCUGCACAAAGGCAAAAUGCCUCGAGGUCUGCGGACCGUGCCGGGCACACGAUACAACCCUAAGCACAGAAAAA